AUGGCAAAGAUUACAACACACGAAAGACAGUCAGCUCAGAGGCUCAAAGAGAUCGAGAGGACUCUACAGAAAAUUGAUGGGGAUACAAUAGAUGUACAUGGGCUAUAUCAUUAUCCCGAUAUUCGUUUACCUCAUGGAUUCAAAUUUCCGUAUAUGGACAGAUAUGAUGGAACUGGGUGCCCGAAAACUCAUAUUCGCAUGUAUGUUGGGUACUUGAAACUAUUAGGUAUUAAUGAUGGGUUGUUAGUCCAAUUGUUCCAAAGAAGUUUGACCGGGCUGGCCUUAAAUUUGCUGAUGAAGACAGACCCAAGUCUAGUUUCGACAUGGCAGGAUAUGGUCAAUAUGUUUGUGAGACGGUUUAUGUUGGUCCCUGAAAUUCAAUUUACUCGGAAACACUUAGAGGCGGUUAAACAAGGACCCACUGAGUCAUUUACGGAGUUCUUUCCACUAUGGAGGACCAAGGCAUUAGAGAUCGAUGAGAUAUUAACCGAAGAAGAGAUGGUAGAUAUUAUAAUGAGUUGUUUGAACCAUGAAUAUUGGAACCGGCGGAUAUCAUCUUACCAUCCAACAUUACACUCUUUAUGGAAGGCGGGUUCACAGAUUCAAAAUGCAUUAGACACGGGCAGAAUGAUAAUUUUUACCAAUCUGGAGAACUCUAAUGGGAAUAAUAAUAAUGGAUGA